AUGGAAACUGAUCCAACUGGCCCCAACAACAACAACCCUAUUAGAGAUCACGCUCAAUGUGGUGAACAAAAGGAAGGAAAUCUCUCUCUUGGCAACAACAAAAGCACUGAAGACCCAAACGCUCCACUAAAGCUCAAGACUCAUGAAUACUUCUCCAAGCUUGAGACUCUUUGUGUGGAUACUGUUCUCGGUAAAAUCGACCCACAAGCACUUUUGGAACAAGCAAAACAACAAUGUCCCUCUGAAUUGGAUGUCCUUGCUCAACAUGUUGAAAAAGGUUUCACUCAGGCUUUGAAAGAAAAGAUCAAAGAAAUCUCUGAUGAGAAUGGUCUUCUCACUCGUCAACUUGAAGAGCAGAAACAAGAUAUCUCUUCUAAAGAUAAGGAGAUCGAAUCCUUGGAAGAAUCAAAAAGAACCCUUACCACUCGAAAGAAAGACCUCAAAACCAAAUUGAACGAGGAAAGGAAUAAUUCAAGAAAAUUGGAAAAUCAAAUCGAAAUAUUGAAGAAAGAAGUAAAGAACUUGAAAAAGGAACGCUCAAAUUUAGCAUCCCAAGUUCAAGAAGCAGAAAAGAAUUGUAAAAACCUUCACUCGCAACUGGAUGAAAAGAAUCACACCAUUGUAGACUUAAACAAGCAAGUCAAGGACCUCAACCACAAGGUAAUGGUGAUGCAACCAAGUAAUGAGAUUAUUGAAUUGUUAAAAACUGCCACUCAUAGUCGCACUUUACAACUUGAAAAGGACGUAAAAGAAUUGAGAAAACAAACACAAGAAGACGAAAAGCAAAUCAAAAAGCUAAAUAAGGAAGCACUUGAUAAUGAAAAACAAAUCGAGAAUUUGAAAAAGGACAUGACAUUCAAAGAGAACAAGUUUAAUAACGCACUCAAACAGAAAGACCUCGAUCAUCAAAAUGAACUCAAAAACAAACAAAACACCCAUGAAUGGGAAAUUAACAACUUGAAAACCAAACAUGAAAAACUUAUGAAAGAGAAGAAUGAGGAAAUUGAGACAAUGAUAAAAGAUUUCAACAUGAAGAAAGAAGCUCUUUUACAAGAAAAGAAAGUUUUUGAAAAGAAGAUCGAAGAUCUUGAAGGAGAUCUCAUGUUAGCAAGAGCUCAAAAUGAUCCUGCCCUUACCAUGAACGAUUUUUCAGGUUCAACUCCCCAAAUGAUCGCUAACAAUUACAACGAUUUGAGAGAUCUCCUUUCGAAAUUUGUUUCAGAUAUUGGUGACCAGUAUAAAGAGGCACUUAAUAAGGAAUUACCAGAAAAUAUCAUUGAAUCUUUGGAGGAUGAUCUUUUUAACAUGAUAUUCAAAACUGAAACGGUAAACAACAUGAAAGAAAUAGCCUCCAAGGAUGUGAAAGAUGCCAAAGAAAUUCCAAAAGUGUUGAAAAACCAAGACAAGAAUCAGAAGUAUGUCAAAGGACUAAAAGAAGAGAUAAACAAAAUGAUUAUGAAACUCCCAGAAGUGAACUCAAAGAUGAUCAAAUGUUUGGAGAAGUCUCUAAAUGAGAUUUGCCAAGAGACUCUCAAUCUCUAUGGAGGAAUGAUUGGAAAUUCAAAGAUGGAGUUUGUUUGGCCACAAGUGGGCGAUUACUUUAAUCCUUUCGAACAAGAGGCUCAUAACGCUGUUAAACAUGUAGUGAUUGACAUGAUUUUACAUCCAAGCUUGAUGUAUCCUUCCUCAAAAACUGUGUUUGUGAGAGCAAAGGUUAUAGUCAAAGAAAGAAAAACCAGAUAG